CAGUUCCCAUGCAUAGCAUUGAGAGUUUACUCCUCUGUACACGAUUUCUGAUGAUCGAGCUCGAUGGGUCGUGAUGGCUUCCUCAUCCUGCCCUGUCAACCGUGGUCUCUUCGCAGCUUCCCCGUGCGGGGAUCCGUAUGUUAGCUAUGGUCUUGGUUGACGACCAGCCACAACACAAUUGUAUAUGACAGCGCAUCGGAUGUGAGCUUCACUUCAGUCUUUUCGCCUCUCAUCUUUCCUACCUCGCUUUCAGUGUUACUUGAAUGAUGUCGCAAACUACUACUACCGGAACCGAGACGAUGCGCUUGCCAGCGACGAUGAGAGCAUGGCAAUGGUCAACAUGUAGCACUACGCUCGAGGAAGCAAUACAGCUGAAUGAGUCAGUACCGCUGCCGACAGCGAAGCGGCCACUCGCAAGUGGAGAGUCUCUGAUUCAAGUUCACGCUGCUGCUCUGAACCAGGUCGACUACAAGCUUGCAGAGCUACCCAUCGUUGGGCGAAUGGCCAUCCCCAAACCAGCAACCCCCGGUCUUGAUUUCGCUGGAAGAGUCGCUGAAGUGGGACCAGACUGCGAUCUCACGGUGGGGCAAAUGGUUUUUGGCAAGCUCGAACCCAAGCAACAGUUUGGCACGUUGGGGGAAUACAUCGUUGGUUCAAAAGCUGGCACCGUGCCGAUGCCCGAUGGUAUCUCAGUCGAGCAGGCAGCAGCCCUGGGAGUUUGCGGUCUUGUUACAUAUCAGUGCCUUGCACCGAAUGUAAAAGCCGGUGAUAGAAUACUAAUCAACGGUGGUUCAGGUGGUACGGGUACUUUUGCCAUUCAGAUCGCAAAGGCUCUGGGAUGCUAUGUUACGACAACCUGCUCCAGCGCAAAUACUCAGCUUUGCAAGGAUCUUGGGGCAGACGAAGUCACCGACUAUCGCGAGAACGAUGUGCCUGCCAUUCUGGCAAGCAGCUCAAGACACUAUGACAUGGUCCUCGACAACGUCGGACACCAGUUCGAGCUGUACUGGAAAUCACCCUCCUUCACAAAGCCUGCAGCGAAAUACGUUCAGAUCGGAUCUCAAGUGAGCCUACCCUUUAUCUACGAUCUCGCAUUCCGCUUCUUGGUACCGACGUGGCUCGGAGGUGGGCAACGGCCAUUCUCUUUUGGUCUUGCAUCUACGAAUUUCGAAGACUUCACGAAGUUGGGAAAGCUCGUUGCGGACGGGAAAGUGAAGCCUGUCAUAAGUGAGGUUUUUGCUUUCGAGCAUGUACCCGAAGCUUAUGAGAAGCUCAGAACAGGUAGAGCGAAGGGAAAGCUGGUAGUCAAAGUGGGAGCGAAGUGAACGAUUGGCUGAAGUGAAAGCAAAGCGUACCACCUUCCAGAUCUGAAGCAAGGCCAGCCUGUGAGAACUUGUCGUUCGACGACCGCAUUUGCAUUCGCGCCUGGUCACGAAUUGCUCGCUGCGUAGGAUUCGAUCAGCCUCAAUUCGCAGAACAUCCUGAUGUGGGAUUAGUGCGCGAAAAUGAUUAUAUGGAGAAGAAAACGAUCGUUGUUGCUAUUCGCUCAGGUUGGGUGGACGCGCUCGUGGCGGCGCUAAGGCUGGUUUCAGGCAGCAAGGAGGCUGUGUUGAACGCCGAUCUGCACUCAGCUGUGUGUACCAAUACGAGCAUACAUUCCAUCAGGUUCCGAAUGAAUCGAUUCCAAUACUCCGAAGUAACUUAUGACACUCUCGAGAGAAUGCG